AGAGAUCAGAGAACAGAGAAAACAGAGUUGCAAUGUCACAGAGCAAGUAGAAGGAUUGUCUCCUAAGAAGAUUUUGGAUUUGUCCAGACUACAUAAACUUUAGCUACAGACAGAAGCUCCACGCCAUCUUGAAAGAAAUCAACAUGUCGAUGGAAACUAAAAACCUUAUAACAGAGCACGAGGAUCUGAAGAUGCAAAUUGAACAGCUUCUUCAAAAAAACGAUGAGAACAUUAGAAAACUUUUUGCAGAAAACAAAAGUUUAAAGGAGAAGAACACCACACUGGCAGGGGACAAAACCACCCUGGAGCAGAAAUGCGCUGCCCUGGAGAAGGAAAAAACCACCCUGGAGCAGAAAUGCGCUGCCCUAGAGAAGGAAAACACCACCCUGGGUCAGAAAAACACCUACCUGGAACAGACCACCUUAGAGCAAAUAGACUCCAUCUUGGAGCAGUCAAACGCCGCCUUCGAUCAGGAGAAGACCGCCCUGAAGCUGAAAAACACUGCCCUGGAGCAGAAAAACACAACCCUGGAACAGAAAUUCACUGCCCUAGAGAAGGAAAAAACCAUCUUGGAGCAGAAAUGCACUGAUCUGGAGAAGAAAAACACAAACCUGGAGCUGAGAAAUACCUCCCUGGAGCAGAGAAGCAUUUCCUUGGAGCGAAUAGAUGCAGUUUUAGAGCAGGCAAACGCCACCCUGGAGAAGGAUAAUGCCUCCAUGGAGCAGGAGAACACCGCCCUGAAGGAGAGGAAAAUAGCGUUGGAGCAGAGAGGCACCAUCCUGGAGCAGGAGAACAGCGCACUGAAGCUGAAAAACAUUGCCUUGGAGCAGCAGAAGACUGUCUUGGAGCAGAUAGAUGAAGCCUUGGAGCAGGCACACAUCACCCUGGAGCAGGAUAACACCACCUUGGAACAGGAGAACACCGCCCUGAAGAAGAGAAACAUCGACUUGGAGCAGAGAGGCACCACCAUGGAGCAGAACAUCACCACCCUGGAGCAGAACAUCACCACCCUGGAGCAGAAGAACACCUCCCUGGAGCAGAGAAUCAUCGCCUUGGAGCGAAUAGAUGCCGUAUUGGAGCAAGCAAACGCCACCCUGGAGCAGGAUAACGCCGCCUUGGAGCAGGAGAACACCGCCCUGAAGGAGAGAAAGAUCGCCUUGGAGCGGAACAUCGCCACCCUGCAGCGGAACAACAACAUUUUGGAGCAGGAGAACACCGAACUAGAAGACAAUAACGCCUCCCUGCAGGAGGAAAACGACAUGCUCCGCCAGGCAAAGAGCGCCUUGGCAGAGGAAAAAAACCACCUCAAGCUGACUUACAUGGGCCUGCAGUACAGAAGCGUCGCCUCCGAGCAGGAAAUAAAAGUCUUGGAGCGCAUGAAUACUAACCUUGAGCUUGAAGUGGAACAGCUGAACCAAAGGCUGAGGGACAAAGAGGAGCAGCGGAACGAGGAGCAGCAGAACGAGGAGCAGCAGAACGAGGAGCUAUCAGAAGAGGAAGACGACGAAGACAACCAGCCGUUUUCAGACCAGCCUCAGGAGCGGCCACCUAUAUUCAGACGUGUGGUCAGAGGUUUCACCAGUACACUUGUGAGAAUGUACCGAACAGUCAAUCUCAGGCACUAAGUUGAAGCAUGGUCAUUCUAAAUAAAGGGUCAUGAGGCCUCCAAGCUUCAUGUUUGAUUGUCAGUGGCAGAAAAGCUUGAGGACAACAGGACUACGGUGUCGAUGGAGCUUGACACUUGGGGGCUGACCUCCAGGGA